AUUCAGUUUCUAGACAUAAAAUAUUACAUACAUAAAUGGUUAAGAAAAAUUGCAAAACACUUCUCAGCUUCUUUUUAUUUUGCGGAUAUCACUUCCAGUCCUCUUUCCAGGUUUAUCUUUUGGCAUCCUCAGAGUUCUUCAUAUUUUUGUAGACAAUGCAAUAUCUCCAAUAAAAUGAUACGUCAUAGAGGAUGCACACAAUAAACAUUCAGAACCUAUCUGCAAGUUUUAUUUUUAUUUAUUUUUUCACACAUGGUCCCACUCUGUCGCCCACCCUGAAGUGCAGUGUGGUGAUCCUAUCUCCCUGCAGGGUGGAAUUGCUGGGCAUCAGUGAUCCUACCACCUCAACCUCCCGAGUUGCUAGUACUACAGAAGCACCACCGUGCCUGGUUAAUUAAAAAAAAAUUUUUUUUUGUAGAUACGGGGUCUUACUAUGUUGCCCAGGCUGACCUGGAACUCCUGGCCUCAAGCAAUCCUUCCACAGCCUCCCAAAACGCUGGGAUUACAAAGCAUAAGCCACCACGCCCAGCAAGUUUAAGUGUUAAAUGUGCAAAAUAUUUAGGGGUAUAUAUCUCUCCCAUGAAUGAUGAAAGAGAAGCAGAAAAUUUGUUAGUAAAUUAAUUCCUGGGAAUUACAUUGUAAUUGAUACUUACAUUGAUUUAAAGUUACUUCACUGUAGCUAUUACUACAUGCAGAAGAUUUGGAUUUUCGCUUGCUACUUCCUCACUCUUGAGUAAAUUAUCCUUUCUAUACCUCAGUUUCCUCAUCUGAAAAAUAGGCAUUCUAUUAAUAUAUACCUCAUUAGCCUGUUCUGAGGAAUGUGAUAAUACACGUAAAAUGCAGUCUCUGGCACACUGUAAAUGGCUAACAAACGUUUGGCGGUCAUUACUGGCGUUUCUCAGCCAGUUAUUAUUUUUACAUGUGAGUAGAUUAAUUCAGAGUAUUUUUUCAGGAAACAAAUACUUAAAUACCUAUUUGUCCAAGGCGCCGGGGUUAGAGGGAAUUCACUAAAUAAAGCCUCGGUCUUACAUUAUACAGAGGGCGCUGAAGAGAAAAGAAACAGGUUAAACAAAGAAAAAGACGAUAACUUCGGACACAACCACUGCCAUAUUUAGAGUAAUGUAUACCAGCCCUCCGCGCCAUAAUUCAUUCCCUCGAGGCUGCCCCAGGAAUCCCUUUGGCCUCUGACGUUUGACGUCAUAGAAGGCGCGACCAAUCGUGGCCGGCUCCCGGAACUUCGCUCUUUCUCUUCCUGCAAACUUGACACGCCAUGUGUUUCUACGUCUGACAUCCCCCUCUCUUCUCUGGUUCCUGGGAGAUUUUUGCAAGCAGGACCAGGCGCCAACGCCGGAUCCAGCAGCAAGAGAAACAGGCCGACGUGCGGUGCACUCAGAGUGACGACACACUUGAGUCCCUGCCAGAGUACGUCACUUCCGGAACGCUUUCCUCGCGGGGCUUUGUGGGUAGUCGACCGGGGUCUCCUGGCGACGACGAUGGCGGGGGAUGUGGGCGGUCGCAGCUGCACGGACUCGGAACUGCUGCUGCACCCCGAGCUGCUGUCCCAGGAGUUCCUUCUCCUCACUCUGGAGCAGAAGAACAUAGCUGUUGAAACUGAUGCAAGAAUAAACAAAGACAGUCUUACCGACAUUUAUGUCCAGCACGCAAUACCAUUGCCUCAGAGGGAUUUGCCGAAGAAUAGAUGGGGGAAAAUGAUGGAAAAGAAAAGAGAACACCAUGAGAUUAAAAAUGAGACUAAAAGGAAUAGCGCUGUAGACGGGUUAAGGAAAAGACCCCUCAUUGUAUUUGAUGGAAGUUCAACAAGUACAAGCAUAAAAGUGAAAAAGACAGAGAAUGGAGAUAAUGAUCGACUCAAGCCUCCCCCUCAGGCAAGCUUUACCAGUAAUGCCUUUAGAAAAUUAUCAAAUUCCUCUUCGAGUGUUUCACCCCUAAUUGUGUCUUCCAAUUUGCCUAUGAACAAUAAAACGGAACACAAUAAUAAUGACACUAAACAGAACCAUGACUUAACGCACAGGAAAAGUCCUUCAGGCUCUGUGAAGUCGCCACCAUUGUCCCCUGUUGGAACUACUCCAGUGAAGUUAAAGCGAGCUGCUCCUAAAGAAGAAGCAGAGGCCAUUAAUAACCUGAAGCCCCCACAAGCAAAAAGGAAAAUACAACAUGUUACUUGGCCCUGAAGGAAAGUUUCUGAAAAUGUAAAUAUGCUGUAACUGUAGUUUUUCAAACAUGUUCAUAUAUAUUGACAGUAUUUACAGAAAUCCUGUUUAUCAUGGAAUUUUCUUAAGAGGUUUCAAAUAGGUUUAAAAAAAUAAAGGAUUUAUCUUCCUUUCCUUCUUCCCUCCCUCCCUCCCUUUCUUUUUUAAAAUUCUUGCCUGUCUUGCCCUGAUUAGAAAGAAUAUCUUUUAAACCAAUGGCUUAGUAUAUGUCAUUUAUAUUGACCCUAGUCAAAUCAUUAGCUACAAGCCUACUAUAUAGCAUCCAGUGAAUUGGCUGGGCACGGUGGCUCAUGCCUGUAAUCCCAGCACUUUGGGAGGCCGAAGCAGGCAGAUCACCUGAAGUCUGGAGUUCUAGACCAGCCUGACCAGCCUGGAGAAACCCCUUCUCCACUAAAAAAUACAAAAUUAGCUGGCUGAGGGAGGAGAAUCUGUUAGACCCAGGAGGCGGAGGUUGCAGUGAGCAACUGCCAUUGCACUCCAGCCUGAGCAACGAGUGAAACUCUUGUCUCAAAAAGAAAAGCAUCCAGUGAAUUUUAGGAGUUACUCUCAUUAGCCUUGUUCAGAGUCUUGGGGAAAUUUGAGAUUUUUUUUUUUUUAAACUCAAAUAUUUUGCUAGUUUGCCAUUUUUAUUUCUUUGAAACAUAAAACAGUUUGUCACAGUAUUUUAGUAAAUAUUACAACAUUCAUUCUAAAAGUUUCACCAAGAAAAGCAUCUCUGUAGUAUUGCUGGAAAACUGUUCAGAAUAUACAGAUAAAAAUGCUGUUCUUUUAGUGCUUACAUUGCUGCUUCCCAAAAAAAGCAAAAGGGAAUCAGUGCUUGCUAUUGCUUCUUUCUUUGAAGUCAUAACAAUGGAUGUAUAUAUUAUGAGUUGACAGGUUGGUUCUGCACGUGAACCACCCUUUAGAAUGUUGUUGUCAUGCAGCAGUCCUACCUACUCUUUUCAUGAGCAGUCUGUGAUCUCACUCUGUGAAUUCAGCUAUUACCACUCCUGGGAGCAUAAUCUUUUCAAAAUGAAGUUGAUUUAAAAUAUCUUCAGGCUGAGUGAUCAUGUUAGAGAUGGUAUUCGAUGGCAGUAAGUUUAGAGAAUUGGGAGUGGGCGUAGAAUUAGGGGCAAAAAUUAGCAUAAUAUGGAGUAGAUAGUAGAGGAGCUGCUGGAGUCAGAAGUCACUACAGAGUGCAGCAUAGGAAGAUGGACUCCCAGCUUAAGUGAGGUUUCCUGCAGCUGUAAUAUAGACACUUCCCACAGGGCUUUCCACACAGAAUUAUCUGCUAAGGUUUUUUGUUUAUUUUUGUUCAAGUAGUAUUUUCACUCCAGUUGUAUAAUGGAAAUCAAUGGGAAGAUAGGGUUUACCUUAUAUUCAUGAGUUCUAGUUUCUACUGUUCUGCUAUGUGUUUCUAAGUAAGAGCAAAGGAUAAUUUAUAAUUCUUUAUAUGACUGAUUUUCAGACCUUUUUCAGUAUGUUUUAAAGGAGUCUUGUUCCUCUUGAUUUGUUAAAACAAGCAUUUUAGUUCAGCUAUUGAAUAGCCUUCCAAACAAUUAAUUCAGCCUUGCAGGUAAGUACCAUACUAAGACUUUAACCCAGUAGUUUUUAAUCAUUCUGCCUUUAUUCCAGACUGUAAAUCUAUACACAUAAGACAAAACAUACUAAGUAUUGCAUAAAUUAUUAACAGUAAAUUGUUAUCUGCAGGGCUGAUAGAUGUAAUAAUGGUGGGCAACUGUGAUCCUAUACAUAAAUAUAUGCCAAGGAAGAUUUUAAAAGUGCGAAUUUUAGAGUAGACUGACAAAUUUUAUUUUAUAUUCACUUGUCCUUUCCGCUUCCAUCUGUGUUUCUCUCUUAGUUGAGAGAGAGUUAGCCAUUUGACAAUUUUAAGUCAGUGGGAACUUAUUUUUAGUUAGUCAAUAAAAUUAAUAUUUUAUUUGUAUUUUAACUUACAGAGUAGGUUGGUAAUAACAGCUGAACUGUGUAACAUUGUUGCUUCAAAUUGAAGUUUAUAUUAUGAACAUUCAGAAUCAAUGCUCAUGGUAGCAGCAUAUUAUUGAGCUAUUUUGAGUUUGAAAUGUGGAGAAAUGCUAAACCAUGUACUAUGUAUUAACGUCAUCCAACCUUCUUAGAGCUUUGUUCCUUCUGAAGGUGUAUGGAUACGGCUUGUCUUGAAAUGCCCUUCUCCACAUAAUGAAGCAGGUUGAAUGCUGGGAAUCUGGAGCAGCAGCCUUGGGAGCCCUAUAUUUUGAAGGGUUUUGGUUUGCUUAAAAGGUUAGAAGAACUUGAUUUCAAUGGCAGACAACUUUAGAAUACUAGUUCCUCAGUAACAUGAAGUAGGUAAUGUUGCUCUUGAUUUUAUAGUCCACUAAAGCCAGCUUUUCUUAAUCCUGGAGUAGGCAAACGAAUGACAUUAGAGUUAGUGGGAGGCUUGUAAGUUGUAGUUAUGGGCACUUUAUCACUUCCUGCCAUUAGCAGGUAUCCUUGUUUCUUCUUCCUUUCCCUCUUUGUUUGUUAUUUUCCCUUUCUCCUUACACAUUUUCUUUCUCUACUUUAAUUCUUCCUUUUUACUGUAGAUCCUAAGCUUCUGGCUUAGGUUUGCAAGUCAUACUGCUUGGCCCUCCUCAUUCACUGAGGGGUGAAGAUAGGCUGACCCCUGUCCUCUUACAUUUGAGGGAUCAUAGACUGCUGUGUGAAUUCUGGAAAGUCUCAAGACCCUACAGCACCAGGGCACUGAAUGGCUUCUCAAUGGCUGUAAAUGCAGUACAGUUUUCCAAAGUAACCUAAUUCAUCUGGACAGCUACCAGGCACUUUGGAAAGUUGGUUCAGUUACUACUAUGAGGCCAUAAUCUAUUUGCUAGUAUUAAAAUUCUUCAGAAUUGGAAUUAUUAUUUGAAAUAAUAUUUUGGUUGACUUAAGUUUUGAGAGACGAUUCUAAAAUUGAUCUAUAGAGACUCAUUCAAUAGCAAUGUGACCUUUUAAAAACUUACAUUAAGUAAAACUGCCAGAAGACUAAGUCAUAUAUAUGUAAGAGCUUCCUCUAUUUACUACUGUUGAACUUCAGUAAUUUUUAGAGGCUAAAUAAUGGUCAAAAUGUUUUUAAGUGUGCUCUUUUAUUAAACGCUUGUGCAGGUUUUGUAAUUAAGUACAGAAAAGUUUAACCUUGUACAUUUUUGUAUGUAAAAAGUCUUUUAAGUAGCCUUAUCCUUAUUUAAAUAAACAAUAAAAUUACCUUGAGUAGGUCUGUUAUUCUUAAUAAAAUGGAAAAAUGCUCUGUAA